CAAAAAUUCAUUUGUUUCCAUUGUAAUUUACUGUAAUUACCUGUAUAGCCUUGUAACCUUUAUAUUAGUUGUAAUUUACUGUAAUAACAAUGAGAAAGACAUCAAACCGUAAUUCCUGACACAAAUAUAACAAAGACAGCUUUAAAUGUUUCUGGUACAUUGAAACUUGACACCUCGGAACAAAUUUGUACCUAUUUAUUCUCAUUCAUUCAUUUUGUAACAUUGCACGAAUAACUUCACAAACUAUAGAACAAGAAGAAGCUACAAUCAUGAUGCUUUCUGCUACUCUUCCCAUUUCCCCUAUUACUGCAAAAUCAUCCUCUUCAAUGCAAUCCCUGAGCUUCUCUCAUCGUGUUAUACUUCCUUCCGGAAGCCGUGUUACUCCGGCGAUGUUUACCGGCGUUUCAAAGGGUGGUAGUAGCUCACUCUCACCUGUCAAACUGAAGGCCUCUUCAAUGACAACUGCAGCCAUUGCUCAAGAGGUUGAUGAAAGAAAGAAGUUUAUAGAGGCAUCAAAAAAUGGAAACUUGAUUCCUCUGUAUCAGUGUAUAUUCUCUGAUCAGCUUACUCCUGUUCUUGCUUACCGGAGUUUGGUUACGGAAAAUGACCGGGAAGCUCCAAGUUUUCUUUUUGAGUCUGCUGAGCCUAAUUUUCAAGGUUCCAAUGUGGGGCGCUACAGUGUUGUAGGAGCUCAGCCAACAAUGGAAAUUGUUGCAAAAGAAAAUAAGGUUACAGUAAUGAACCAUGAAUCUGGUCAGUUAACUGAGGAGAUUGUUGAUGAUCCUAUGGAGAUUCCCAGAAAAAUCUCACAGGAUUGGAGACCAUGUCUUAGUGACGAACUUCCAGAUGCAUUCUGUGGUGGUUGGGCAGGUUAUUUCUCUUAUGACACAGUUCGCUAUGUGGAAAAGAAAAAGCUACCUUUUUCAGAUGCCCCAAAGGAUGACAGGCACCUCGCAGAUAUCCAUCUGAGCCUUUAUGAGACUGUGAUUGUGUUUGAUCAUGUGGAGAAGAAAGCAUACGUAAUUCUUUGGGUGAGGACUGAUCAGUACUCCUCGGUUGAGAGUGCUUACGUGGAUGGAACAAUAAGAUUAAAAAAAUUAGUGGCCAAAUUACAAGAUAACAAGCUCCCGAGGCUGGCUCCUGGCGCUGUCGAUUUGCAAACUCGCCAGUUUGGUCCACCUUUAAAGGAAUCAAACAUGACAGCUGAAGCAUAUAAGGACGCAGUCCUUCAGGCAAAAGAACACAUUAAAGCAGGAGAUAUUUUCCAGAUUGUAUUAAGUCAGAGAUUUGAAAGGAGAACCUUCGCUGAUCCAUUUGAAGUUUAUAGAGCAUUGAGAGUUGUGAAUCCAAGUCCAUAUAUGACUUAUUUUCAGGUUUAUUUCUAUGCAACACAAAAAUAUUUCAUUUGGGAAAGUCACGGUUCAUCUUUUUCAUCCGCUGAUGAUCAUGUCUUUUCUAUACAGGCUAGGGGAUGUAUUUUGGUUGCUUCAAGUCCAGAGAUUCUUGCACGUAUAAAGAACAAUAAGAUUGUGAAUCGUCCGUUGGCUGGGACUUCUAAAAGGGGAAACACGGCAGAAGAAGAUGAAAGUUUAUCAGCAAAGCUCUUGAAAGAUGAAAAGCAAUGUGCAGAGCAUGUAAUGCUGGUUGAUUUGGGGCGCAAUGAUGUUGGAAAGGUUGCAAAAAGUGGUUCUGUUAAGGUUGAGAAGCUUAUGAAUGUUGAACGAUAUUCCCAUGUGAUGCACAUCAGCUCAACGGUUACGGGAGAGCUGCAAGACCAUUUGACCUGCUGGGACGCCCUUCGUGCUGCAUUGCCGGUUGGAACUGUCAGUGGAGCACCAAAGGUGAGGGCAAUGCAGUUAAUCGAUGAAUUGGAGGUGGCAAGACGGGGACCUUAUAGCGGAGGAUUUGGAUAUAUAUCUUUCUCCGGCGACAUGGACAUAGCUCUAGCUCUAAGGACAAUAGUAUUUCCAACUGGGACUAGGUACGAUACAAUGUACUCGUAUAAAGACCUAAACAAACGCCAAGAGUGGAUUGCUUACCUUCAAGCUGGUGCCGGUAUUGUUGCCGACAGUGACCCUGCCGAUGAGCACCAAGAAUGUCAAAACAAAGCUGCUGGUCUUGCUCGCUCCAUCGACUUGGCUGAGUCUGCUUUCGUUCAUAAAUAAGAUCUCUGAUACCUCCAAAUCGAAUCAUUGGAUAUACAAUUAGUGGAUUACCAUUUACUAUAAGAAUAAAUUACUAUGCAAAGAAGCUCUUGAUUGUGUGAUAUCUCAUUUGUUUGUCUGAACAAGUCAGAAAUGUAGCUUCAGAUAGUUAUGUUAAUUAGUGACAUUCAAUAAUUACAGUAUCAUGGUAAUCUUUUAUAGAAACAUUCUUUCUUCAA